AUGACCUCAAAUGAAGAAUUAGAACGACAAUAUACACCGUCGUUAUUUUCUAAGCGAUUUGAAAGUCGUGAGGAGUUGCUGAAUUAUUUUUUGAAUUUCUCAAAUUCAAAAUCACAGGAAAAUCGUUUAAAAUAUGACUGUCACUUAAACAUUUCUUAUGGACCAACUCAACGAGAAAAACUUGAUAUUUAUGGCGACAAUCUACCUCCUGAUUCACCAUUAUUCAUCUUCAUUCACGGUGGAUACUGGCAGGAACUAGAUAAGGACUAUUCAAGCUUCUUCGUUGAACCAUUCAUCAAAAAUUCAAUUCGUGUGAUUGUCGUUGAAUAUGAAUUGUGUCCAAAAGUUACGGUUGAGGAUAUUGUGGAUCAAAUUCAGAGUUGUUUUAAGUGGAUUAGCUCGUAUGUUCAUAGAAAGAAUGUUAAAAGAGUAUCGAUUGCUGGCCACAGCGUUGGAGCUCAUUUACUAGCGUUUGCUCUCUCACGAGAAUUUAUGGACGAAAUGAAGACAGUCUCAAUAGAUGCAUACUUUAUAUCAGGUGUUUAUUGUUUGAAGGAACUAAGAAACUUAAAUGCUGCAAAUGAUGGAAAUAUCUUAACGAUUACUGAUGAAAACUGGCACAAGCUGUCUCCGCUUUACAAAGAUUUUUCGUACCUAAAGAAUAAUCAAGUUGAUGUCUACAUUUAUGCUGGAACAGACGAAAGUGACAAGUUCAAGGAGCAAUCAAGAAUGUUUUCAGAAAGUUCAAUUAAGGAAUUUGUGAAGAAAUUACAAUUUUUGGACGUAGACCAUUUUAACAUAAUUGAGAAUCUUGCAUCUGAAGACUAUGAGAUAACAAGAUCAAUAAUUGAUAAUCUUAAAAAAUGA